AUGACGUGCGGUGGCUUUGGAAAUACCUCAAGCAACACCGUUCUCAGUAAUGACACCACUGCUUUUAUUUACUCCACUGACAAACGGCCCGAACUGGAUCUACAUCUUGCACAUUCUCGUCGCGGUCGCGAAGUCUCCGCGUACCUCUCCUACGUUAUUGACUACUAUGACGACCUACCCCCAUACUCGAUCUUCAUUCACGCGGACGAAAAGCAACGACACAACGACUUGUUUGGGCCCAAGACAAGUACAAUACUGCAAAACCUGCGCCCCGAAGCCGUGGAAGCAAAGGGAUACCUGAACCUGCGCUAUGUCCUAAUUAUGAACAAUGUCGUUGCGAUAACUACGGAUGGUGCGGACCUCUGGCUUCCGGAAAGGUUUUGA